AUGGAUGAUUCGCUUCAUAUCAAUAGUAUCAGCACGGGCAAAUCCGAUGCAGACCACCCCCCGGCCAUGGAACCAGUUAGUGGACAUCCUCAUGUCAAUGGCACACUUCCAUCACAAUCGCUGCAGAUGACUUCUAAUGGGGACCUCCCCGCCACCCAGAAGAGCGGGCGGAAUCCGUGGCCCUUGAAGUCAAACCCGGUUGCCAUCACGGGCAUGGCCAUGAAACUCCCUGGAGGAGUCCGAACUGCAGAAGGCUUUUGGGACUUUCUUAUCCAAGGAAAGGAUGGCCAUUGCCAAGUGCCGGCGACUCGCUAUAAUAUGAGCGCGCACCAUAGCACGACCCGCCCCGACUUAGUACGAACAGCUGGUGGCUACUUCCUGCAGGACGACCCGGCGAAGUUUGAUGCAGAAUUCUUCCGUCUCCGACCUCAACUCGUGGCUGGACUUGAUCCUCAGCAACGACUUUUGCUGGAGGUCGUGUGGGAGUGCAUCGAGAAUGCGGGCGAGACUAACUUGGCUGGCAAAAAUGUUGGCUGCUUCGUCGGGGCGUUUGGGAACGACUGGAUGGAGCUGUCGGUGCAGGAUCGACAAGAUUAUGACCGAAAUCAUGUCGCCUGCAACCACGACUUUACUUUGGCGAAUCAGAUUUCGCGUUUGUUUGACUUCACAGGGCCUAGUGUUACGUACCGAACAGCGUGUUCGUCCUCCAUGACAGCCUUGCACCAUGCUUGCCAAGCCGUCGAUUCUGGCGAGUGCGAAAUGGCAGUGGUGGCCGGGGUCAACCUCAUUCUGACUCCCACCACAUCUACCUCUAUGUCAGCUUAUGGUGCUAUCUCGCCUAGCGGCCUCUGCAAGACCUUCGAUGCAAGCGCAGAUGGAUACGGGAGAGGCGAAGCCGUGAAUGCCAUAUUCAUCAAGAGGCUCGAGGCUGCAAUGCAAGGAGAAGAUCCGGUCAGGGCGGUUAUUCGUGCAACUGGGAUCAAUUCCGACGGAAAUUCACCAAUGGUGGGCGUCCCUCGACCGGAGACCCAAGAAAGACUCAUCAGAACGGUUUAUGAGAAAGCGGCUAUCGGUGACUUCUCACAAACAGCAUUCUUUGAGUGCCAUGGGACUGGGACUCAGAAGGGCGAUGUAAUAGAGACAUCCGUGAUUGCAAAGAUCUUCAAAAAUGGACUUCUGAUGGGCUCGGUCAAGCCAAACAUGGGACACUCGGAGGGUGCGGCAGGACUCACCAGUGUAAUCAAGGCUGUAUUAGCUCUUGAACACCGGCUAAUCCCGCCCAAUAUACACUUUCACCAUCCCAAUCCGAAAAUUGCUUUCGAAAAGGAUGGACUAAGAGUUCCCCGCGAGCUCACUCCUUGGCCAGAUGGUUGCGCCGAACGAGUCAGCGUCAAUUGCUUCGGUGUUGGAGGGUCCAACGCACAUGUCAUUCUUGAUUCGGCAUCUUCCAUUGGCGCGAUAAGGCCACGCAUCAAUGGCGUCAGCGUUUCCCAGGGAUAUAAACUUCUUCCCAUAUCGGCCAGCUCGGAAGAAUCGCUCAAGUGGAGAGAGGUUCAAAUACGUGAAUAUCUUGAAAAUCACCCGGAUGCGCUCCUGGACCUUUCUUAUACUCUGGGAGCUAGGCGAGAUCAUCUGUGCUCUCGCGGGUUUCUUAUAGCAAGUGAUAAAUCCAUAAUUCAAGCUCACCAGGUCCACCUCCCCUGCGUUAGUACUUGUCGAGAAGUCACAUUCGUGUUCCCUGGCCAGGGAGCUCAGUGGCCGGCAAUGGGCAAGCAACUGCUCAACCAGUUUGAUCAUUUCCGCAACGACGUCAAGAAAAUGGAUGAAGUGUUGCAAUCACUUACAGACCCACCAAGAUGGAGAAUCGAAGGGGUCUUGUCCGAUGCUAGUGACUCCUGGAUUGAGGACGCGGAGCUUGCACAGCCAUUAUGCACAGCAGUCCAGAUAGGGCUUGUCAAUCUUCUUUGUCACUGGAGCGUCCGACCAGACUCAGUCGCCGGGCACUCAAGCGGUGAGAUUGCAGCAGCCUAUGCUGCAGGUGCCAUCUCACUGCGGUCAGCCAUCAUUCUGAGUUACUAUCGCGGUACAGCCACAAAAUUGCAGAGCGAAUCCGGUUAUAUGGCUGCCGUGGGCAUGGGCAAAUCAUACGUUCUCCCUUAUCUCACAAAGGGUGUUACAGUGGCCUGUGAAAACAGCCCUCGAAAUGUUACACUCUCUGGCGAAUCUGACAAACUAGAUGAUGUUAUGCAAAACAUCGCAUCAGACCACCCGACUUGUCUUUGCAAACGCCUUCCCGUCGGAGUUGCAUAUCAUUCUGAUAGUAUGGCUAAGAGUGCGCGGCAAUAUGCUAAAAUGGUUGGGCCUUACCUUGAUCCGAAUGAGUCGAUGGUUCCAAUGUUCUCCUGCGUAACUGGUCAGGAUAUCUCAUCACCCAAGGAGUUAGACACUACAUACUGGCGUCGAACAAUUGAGUCACCUGUCCUAUUCCAUCAGUCAAUCAAUUCACUGCUUCAGUCUAGCCAGACUGGCCGGGUGAUUGUCGAAGUAGGGCCUCAGUCACUACUUUCGGGCCCAUUGAACCAGAUAUUUGAGGCAUCUGAACAAAAGUCGCUGGUAGCAUAUAUCCCGACUCUCCUCAAAGACAAAGAUCCGAUGGAAUGCUUGUUGUCUACGGCGGGCGGGCUAUAUCAGCAACAUGUGCCUCUAGAUUUUGUUGCAAUUAAUGGGCCGGGCAAAGCUCUCACAGAUCUUCCUCUGUAUCCAUGGCAGCAUAACAAGAGGUACUGGUAUGACACUCGGAUCGCACGAGAGUGGAAACACGCGCAAUUUGCACCCCAUCCACUCCUAGGCUAUCGUUCACCGGAAUCGUCAGCUGUUGAGCCUUCCUGGAGGAAUCGCCUCCAAAUCAAACAUGUUCCUUGGUUGUCAGAUCACAAAAUUGGGAAUGACAUCGUUUAUCCGUGCGUCGGAUAUAUCUCAAUGGUCGGCGAAGGAAUCCGCCAGAUCACCGGCUCUACGAGUUUUUCAGUUCGAGAACUUUUCAUCACAGCCGUGUUGAAUUUGAAGGAAGGGAGCCCGAUAGAAAUUGUGACCAAUAUUCGUCCACACAGGCUUACCGACAGCGUUGAUUCGCUAUGGUACGACUUCACUAUCUCUGCUUGGGAUGGCAAAAACUGGCAAAAGCACUGCUCCGGCCAAGCAAAGGCAGGCAAGGACAUCAAAUGGGACAAUUAUCCAGAGUCUAAAGAUUUUGUCCCAGGUACCCGAGAUGUUCAAUCCAACCUGUGGUUUGACAGCCUAGAGGCGUUAGGACUGGGUUUAGGGCCGAGUUUCCGCAGACUUGAGGACAUCACUGUCGAUCCGACGAACUACUAUGCAGCUGCAAGGGUGAGAACGAGGAACCAAUCUAAGGCCGACGAUGGACAUUGUAUUCAUCCAGCGGUGAUUGACCAAGGCCUUCAAUUGCUGGGUGUUGCAUCAUGCAACGGGCUUCCUCGUCGUAUGUCCAGCAUUGGAAUCCCAGUGUACAUCGACAGUAUCUAUAUCUCAGAUGCUACUGAGAUGAUUUCACUGCAAGCUGUCUUUUUGAAGAGCGAAUCGGGCUCAUUGAGAUCCGCCCUGGGAGGGUCCGUGAUGGGACGUUCAAACGGCGGCGUGGCCUUCGCUCUGGAGGGAGUUAGGUUCAUUCCCUUGAACAAACCGAAGGUUUCCACUGGAGCCAAGAUCCCACUGGGAUCUCGCCUAGACUGGAAGCCAGACAUUGAUCUUCUAGCUGGCAAAGACUACUUGUUCAAGUCGAUACAACACACAUCUUUCAUGGAGGUGGUGGCCAAGCUGACAAUUGUCAUCGUUUUGGAUUUUGUCGAUCGCAUGGGGUUCAGUUGUUCGGCUUCGGCUUUGGACUCCAAACAAUCUCAACCGUGGAUACAAGACAAUUACGAUAGACUUCGAAAUGUCAUGAUGUGCUUUUUCCCAGACAUUGUGGAUGGUUUUCGGGAUCCAGUUUCCCUUCAUUCAAAGUUGAUUUGUGACCUCGAAGCUGCGACAGAGUCGUCGGAGUCGUGGAUUCAGCCCAUUCGUGGCUACCUGACAAAGGUCCUUGAUGCACUCGAUGACCAAGUUUCCUUAACGGAGCUUUUCAUGGACCACAGUGGUUUCAAAUCGCUAUAUGAGUUCACAGCAACAAGCGUCGACCUGGGCUAUACAUUCUCAUUACUCGGCCACGCCAAUCCCACCAUGACUAUUCUAGAGAUCAAUCCAGGCACAUGUGGUACAACAUCAGGAGCAUUGGCAGCUCUAAAAUCUGAGGAAGGAACUAGUCUUUUCUCCAGAUACACAUUUGCCUCCCAGUCCUCUGAUCUCUUGACUGAAGCAAAUGAGCAGUUUGGGAACAUUGAUGGGUUCUCAACAGCCGUUCUUGAUCCAAAGCUUCCAAUUUCUGCCCAGAGGUUCAAGCUCAAAAGCUAUGAUCUGGUUAUUGUCCCCAGUAAUCUGCCCAAACUUUUCGACUCAGCAAUACUGAUGCAGGAUGUCAAAUCUUUGCUUACUCCAGGAGGCAGGGUACUGGUGCGUGAGGUCACUCCGCCCGUUCCCAUUAUCGAUUACUUCAUGGGUAUGAUGCCGGCCCCUUUUACCCUGCCGCAUGAUCUUCAUCUGCCAAUUCCGUUCCCUUCUGAAUUUUGGGAGUCUGAACUCCUCGCGGCUGGCUUCAUGCAGCCUGAGCAUCACUCUGGCAGCAUGUCCAUGUACCCCUGGUCGAUGAAGCAAGCGAUUCUCGCGAAAAACACACUCCAGGAACCUCCUAAAGACUCCAUAUAUCUUCUUUGUCCCCCAGAGAGUCAUCCCUGGGUAGAUAUAGUGAGGAGUAAUUUCGAAAGUGAAGGGUACAAGAUCUACUUGACAACCCUGGAAAAUCUUUCAAAAGAGAUCACUCCUCUGGAAAAGGGUAAUUUCAUUUCUCUAUUAGAUUUGAAUAGCCCCUUUUUUGCGGAUUUAUCGGCUGAGAAAUACAAUGAUUUCCUGAAAUAUAUGACAGGGAAGAGGCGAACGCUGUGGGUCAGCAGACCUUCACAAAUGCAGUGCGACGACCCAUCAUCCGGUUUGAUCACGGGCUUCGCGAGAACCGUUCGACUAGAAGCCUUAGUUGAAUUCGCAACAUUCGAAGUCGACAAAUUCGACAAAUGCGCUGCCGGCGCCCUAGUUAAGGUGUAUGAAAAGAUCCGCCGAGAAUCUCUCCAAAACCGCUGGGAUCCUGAGUGCGAAUUCGUCCUGCAGAAUGGCGUCGUUCAUAUUGGUCGCUUCUACUGGCUACCUUUUGAACAGCUGACACCUCCCAUGGCGGAGGACAAUCCAAUGUCUCUCGCGGUUGAAAGGCCGGGAAGUCGGGAUUCAAUUGCCUGGAAGCAGCAGCAGCUUCCCGACCUUGGAAAUGAUGAUGUUGAGUUGGAUGUGCACUACGCUGGAAUGAAUUUUCGAGAUAUAAUGGUGGCUUUGGGCGCAAUUGAUGGAGAGCGAGGACUCGGUCUUGAAGCUAGUGGCGUGGUGCGCCGGGUUGGAGCUGAAGUCACUCACCUUCAACCAGGUAACAGGGUCACUGCCCUUGGUACUGGACUCUAUACCUCGCGGUUGGUGAUAUCUAGCAAGAUGUGCUUCCCAAUUGCUAGUGAUAUCUCCAUGGAAGACGCGGCUACAAUCCCCGUUGCAUAUGCAACGGCCAUCUACUCCCUACUUACUGUUGGACAACUGGAACGAGGCCAGUCGGUGCUGAUUCACUCGGCUUGUGGUGCAGUUGGGCAAGCGGCGAUCCAUAUUGCCCGAACUAUGAAAGCAAAGAUAUACACGACCGUGGGCACAUCUCAAAAGGUGGAGUAUCUGGAAGAAACGUUUGGAAUUCCACGGGAAAAUAUUUUCCAUUCCCGAGACACCUCCUUUGCCAGUGAAGUCAUGAGCGCUACUGGGGGAAAAGGUGUCGAUAUCGUCCUGAAUUCCCUCAGCGGGGAGCUACUUCACGCGUCUUGGAACUGCGUGGCCAAAUUCGGUAAGAUGGUGGAAAUCGGGAAACGCGACUUCAUGGGCCAUGGGACCAUGAAAAUGGAGCCCUUCGGAGGCAAUCGCACCUUCGUUGGGGUGGAUCUUCUGCAAGUCAUGCUGGAGAGCCCGGCCCGGUUCCAACGGUUGUGUGACAUAUUCACUCGAUUGAGUAUAAGAGGGAAGAUUCAGCCAAUUCGACCCGUGAAGAUUUUCGAUGCCUCAGAUGCUCGAGAGGGAUUCGCAUACAUGCAACGAGGGAUACACAUGGGCAAGAUCUUGAUCCGGUUCACGGCCGAGAAUGCCGUGACCAAUAUCCCAAAAGCUAUCACCAUCGCACCUACAGUAUCCUUUAGGCCAAACGCGUCCUACCUCAUAGUAGGUGGUCUGGGAGGAAUUGGACGUGCAGUGGCAAAUUGGCUAGUCGAAAAUGGCGCCCGUCACCUAGUCUUCCUCUCUAGAUCUGGAGCGCGCUCACCGAAAGACCAGGCUUUUCUCCAAGAGCUUCGAUCUCAGGGUUGCCAACCGAUCGCGAUUGCUGGAAGUGUCACAAAUAUGGAUCAUGUGAAGUGUGCUGUGACAGCAAGUCCCAUGCCAAUCUCCGGCUUGAUUCACCUAGGCAUGGUUUUGAAGCCUGCGCCGCUUCUCGAAGCCAGCUACGAUGAUUGGAUGGCAGUCCAAGAUCCCAAAGUAAAAGGGUCCUGGAACCUGCACUGUGCUCUUGGCUCUGCGAAGCUGGAUUUCUUUGUGGUCAUGAGUUCCAUCGCCGCAGUUUGUGGUAGCAUUGGACAAGCGAGCUACGCCUCGGCCAACUCAUAUCUUGGCUCCUUGGUCCGUUUUCGCCGGUCCCUAGGAUUGCCAGCUGCCACACUCGAUCUAGGUGCGGUUGGUGAUAUCGGCUGCUUCAGCCAGGAGCCGAAAUGGCUGGCACAAGCUCGUCAGUGGGAAUUCCAACUGUUGGACGAGGGGCAGGUAAUCGAGGCGCUACAGACAACUAUUUGUGCGUCCCAGGCACCGUAUGGCAACAACGGUACGUCUGCCUCAGGUCAGAUUAUUGUGGGCAUGGGCACCACCCGAACUGACCCGGAUGUUACUCAACGUAUCCCCUGGCGUGAUGCUCGCUAUCGCAUCUUUGCAAACAUUGGAUUGGAAGGACAGAAUACUACGGUAGACAGCAUUUUUGAGCUGACGAGGCAGUAUCUGGUCCAAGCCCAGCAAAACCCAGCCCUUCUGGAACAGCCACAGUCGUACAAUAUUUUUCUCGAGUACAUUGGGCACCAUAUGAACUUCAAGGUGGGAAAUGAAACCGAGAGGGCUCAGGUCGCGAGAACUUCCAUUGAUUCAAUUGUCAUGAUCGAGACUGUCGGUCAUUUCCGCCGUAACUUCGGGGUCGAAAUACGCUUGACCAGUCUCGUUGGCGCGACCAAUAUCGGCGAGCUUAUACGACUGAUCCUGGCGGAGCUCAGCCAAAAAGCGAAAGAGUCCGAGUGA